AUGGCACGUGCUGAACCACCCCCCACACGCCUAAACCGUGCCAAACCGAUCACACACCUCACACGCGUGCCAACCCUAAUCUCCCCCUUUCUCUCUCCACCGUCUCCUCUCUACUCUCGCCGGACCGUCGCCGGAAAAUCUAAUUUUUUCUCAACACCUCAAUUCACACUCUACUAUCUCCUACGACUCAUCACUCAACAUUUCCGACUCUUUCCGGCCGUUUCGCUGUAAAAGAUCCACCCUUUUUACAGAUCUGGUCUUUCUCUGCUAUCACUAUGUGUUGAAAGUGAGGAUUAGUGUUAAAAUAUGAUAAAUUGUGAUCUUUAUGUUUAUGUGUGUGGUGAAGCUGAAAAUGAAGUGGAAAGUGUUUGCUACUUACUGACAGUACAAGGGGUAUAAAACGUACUAAUUAUAACAAAAAAAGUUAUGUCAAGUGAGAUGCAAAAAUUCCAGACGAGUGAAGAUGAUGAUGAUGAAAUGGGGAUGGAUGUGAAAGAAGAAGAUGAUGAAGACGAAGAUGAUGACGAUAAGAACACAGCAAAUCAGGUCAUGGUAGGUGUUGAAGGCGGAUUUACAUCGACCAGCAGUAAUAAUCGGUUUCAACAAAAUCAGCAGUAUCAAGAGCAAUUGACUCCUCAAGGAGGUAGUAGAAGGUGUAGGCCAAUGGAGGAAAAGGAGAGAACAAAGUUACGAGAGCGACAACGAAGAGCAAUUACUGCAAAGAUCUUGACAGGGCUUCGAAGGCAUGGAAACUAUAAUCUUCGGGUAAGAGCGGAUAUCAAUGAUGUGAUUGCAGCUCUGGCAAGAGAAGCUGGUUGGGUUGUUUUACCAGAUGGAACAACGUUCCCUUCCAGAUCACAGGGUACAAAGCCUGCUGCUGUCACACCUACAACUGUGGUCACAUCAUCAUCUACACAGAUGACACCUCAGCAAACAUCACCUGCUUCUUUAGGAGGGAUGUCAUCUAGCUAUCAAAGUACGGUGGAAUAUAAUGCAUGUCAAAUGAAAGAUAUAUUUGUCCCUUCUUCAUCCCCUUAUGAUGUAACCUCGAAUGCUCCAUCUCAGACUUCGGCCUUGUUAGUUGAGGGAUUAGAUGUUCAGGAUGAUCCCAUUAUUGGGGGAUCGAUGGAUGCUGUUGACAACAGGCAGGUUGUUAUUAUACCCCAGAGGCUGCAGGAGCGAGAUUUUGCUGGCACUCCUUAUGUUCCUGUUUAUGUCAUGUUACCCCUGGGUGUCAUCAAUAUGAAGUGUGAACUUGUGGAUCCCGAUAGUCUAUUAAACCAGCUUAGAUUCUUAAAAGCAAUCAAUGUUGAUGGUGUUGUGAUUAACGCUUGGUGGGGUAUAGUGGAAGCACAUGGUCCACAGGUGUACAAUUGGAGUGGCUACAAAAGGUUGUUUCAAGUUGUCCGUGAUCUUAAGCUCAAAUUACAAGUUGUAUUAUGCUUUCAUGAAUGUGGAGGCAAUUUGGGUGAUGAUGUGAUCAUUCCACUUCCCAACUGGGUAGCCGAAAUUGGUCUUACCAAUCCAGACAUAUAUUUCACAGAUAGAGCAGGAAGACGCAAUCAAGAAUGUCUUUCAUGGGGAAUUGAUAAGGAACGUGUUUUGCGUGGUCGAACCGCUGUAGAGGUUUACUUUGAUUACAUGAGAAGUUUCCGAACAGAAUUUGACUUGUUCUUUGAAGAUGGUACUAUCUCACUAAUUGAGAUAGGGCUUGGUCCAUGUGGUGAACUACGAUACCCGUCUAAUCCUGUAAAACAUGGUUGGAGAUAUCCAGGUGUUGGUGAAUUUCAGUGUUAUGAUCAGUAUCUGUUGAAAAGCCUGAGAAGAGCAGCUGAGACAAGGGGUCACUCCUUCUGGGCACGAGGCCCAGAUAACUCAGGUUCCUAUAAUUCCCAGCCAAAAGAAACCGGGUUUUUUUGUGAUGGGGGAGAUUACAAUGGCCAUUAUGGAAGGUUCUUUCUCGGUUGGUAUUCACAAGUUCUAAUUGACCAUGGUGAUCGGUUGAUGGCUCUGGCCAGGAUGGCUUUUGAAGGCAUCUGUAUUGCUGCAAAGUUAUCAGGUAUUUAUUGGUGGUACAAAUCAUCCAGCCAUGCAGCAGAACUAACAGCUGGAUUUUACAACCCCUGCAAUCGUGAUGGCUAUGCUCCAAUUAUGGCCAUGUUGAGAAAGCAUGAAGCUGGCUUAAAUUUCACAUGUGUUGGUACAUGCAUGUUAGUUCCGUGUGGGGACUUCUCAGGAGAACUGGGGGAUCCGGAGGGGUUGAAUUGGCAAGUUCUGAAUGCUGCAUGGGAUGCUCUUGUACCAGUCUCCAGUGAAAAUGAUCUCCCCUGCCAUGAUAGAGAUGGUUAUAACCGUAUAUUGGAGAAGGCGAAGCCUUUAAAUGAUCCAGACGGUAGACAUUUUACAUCUUUUACGUAUCUCAGCGUUUCCUUGCUUCUGAUGGAAAGACAGAAUUUCAUGGAAUUUGAAAGAUUUGUCAAGAAAAUGCAUGGUGAAGCAGUUCUAGAUGUUUAGGCAUAGGUAAGUUAGAAAGGAUCCAUGAUUUGUAUGAUCAAUAUUUUCCACCAGAUAAUUGCUGGUGGGAAAGAGAUAUGUAGUAAAAUAUGCGUGUAUAUACCAAUACCUUUAUUAAUGUAUGGCUAAUGCAAACAAUUUAUCCA